GAACGUUAUCACGCUCUCUUCUUGCUGUUGUAGCAAAGAUGGCGGCGUUCGUGAGAGGCAUGUUUUGGAAUAUUCUUGUAGCGGAACGAAGUAAUAUUCUGAAAAAAAGUAACGACUGUAUCGUAGAUUCAAAGAGAUACGUGCGAGCAUUGAAAAGGAGGCCUGUGAAGGUGUUGUAUCCUGAUAGUGAGACGACCUCUCCAACAUCGAAACAGAGGUCAGAUCAAAUAGUCAACAAGCAGUCUCAAAAAGUUGCGUCCAAAAUGAGGGAGUCCACUGUCAACGCCAUUUUAAAAAACGAGACCACUAAUAAACGUGUUAGCAGCAUGUCAUGGAGUGCCAGAAAUGACAAUGCAUCCACAACGUCGGAACAUACAACCAAUCUGAAGGACCAACUAGGUGGCCUCAAAUUCGAAAGGGCCUUACCUGGUGACAAAAGAUUGGCGAGGGUAGUGAGUGUGGCUUGCUCCAGGACGUUUCGGGAGCACCAGGGUAAGAUCCUGUUGGAGGGGAGACGCCUGAUCUGCGAUGCCCUGGCUGCUGGAGCCAACCCUCAGAUGGUGUUCUUCAGUUCUGUGGAGAGACUGUGUGAUCUCCCCUUGGACAAACUGAAGAGGGCCACUCUGGUCAAAGUCAAGUUUGAGGACAUCAAGAUCUGGUCUGACCUUGUAGCUCCACAAGGAGUGAUAGCCAUAUUUUCUCUGCCAGACCCAUCCCGGCUGACAUUCCCUCAGGACCAGCGUGGUCAGUCUGUGCCGCUGUCCCUGAUCUGCGACAACGUGCGGGACCCUGGGAACCUGGGCACCAUCCUGCGCUGUGCUGUUGCUGCAGGCUGCCACAAUGUCCUGCUCACCAAGGGUUGUGUGGACGCUUGGGAACCUAAGGUGCUGCGAGCAGCGAUGGGUGCCCAUUUCCGCCUUCCCAUCUUCCCCAGCUUGGACUGGGACGACAUUCAGAACCAGCUGCCAAAGUUGGUGACUGUCCACGUGGCAGAUAACUGCAGUGGCUCUGAGAGAGAAGUAGCUGAGGAAGCAAACCAGUCCAACAAACCUUCAAAGAUGGGGGAAUAUGGAUGGGCAGUGUGCCCAGCUAGCCAGGGUUCCAUCAUGCACCCCACUCUUGGGGGGGUCCAACAUCAUCCCUCCAAAGCCUCACUCAAGGACUACAAGGCUGGGAAGCUUCAGACACACAUCACAGCGUGUUUGAAUAGUGUAUGCGUGGGAGGGAGGGAGAAAGAAAGAGGGAGUGUUGUAUUCCUUCAUGCCUGGUGAGGAAUAGUAUAAAAGGGCGUGUGGUGGAGCUUUGAUGACAACUAUGUCACUACCCGAAUGUCUUUUUACAAGCCCUCAAACACAGAUCCCAGGCUUGAUCUCACCAUUUAACAAAUGGGAAUUACAGAUGGGGCCUAGAAUCAUAAGACAGCAGGAAUAACUCACUAUAACACCACAGCAGACAGGCAGCAGCUCCCCAGCCCACUCACUUGGAGGGGCAAUCAGUUAUUCAGAGAGAAAAUAACUUGCUAUACUUGCAAUAGCAUGUCAUUUCAGUUAGUAAAUCAACAAAGCUGCAUUAGUUCCAGUCAGUCAAGACUUUUGUUGAUUUAUGAGAGGUUGCACAUUUCAGCUCUGUCAUUUAGCAGAUGCUCUUAUCCAGAGCGACUUACAGAAUAAAUUAGUGUACGCUCUUAACCGCUAGGCUACAUGCCGCCAGACUAGUAUCUAAUGUCGACUGAGAUGGUCUCUUGCUUCCUCAUGACAGGAUGAGCUGACUUCCCCUCAACUAAGCCCUCUGGGUGAGAGGCUUGGAAGAGAUCGAAGAUAGAACAAUUUCAUAUGGAAAAGAUUAUUUAAAAAAUACAGAUGUUACAGGAAACGACCACAGGGUGGCACUGUCACAAGAUUGGCACUCAUUAAAUCAUAGCUUUUCAAAUGUUUUCUGUUUUUGGACUAACGUUCCUGUCAUCUGGCAAAAUGGCAGUAAAACGAUUCAAACUAAAAAUGGAUUAAACUGCACUAUCAGCUCUCAGACCUCUCAAAGAGCAGCUUGGUCGAUUAGCUACUUAAAAUGGACAAGUAUGUAUGCCAACAAAGUUUGACCUCAACAUGCUAGCAGAACAGUUGAGUUAUCCUGUGGCAUGUAAAAUCUGGAGAGCUCAAUUCUUCUGAAUCUCUAAAAUCUGAUCUAGGAACAGAACAUUGAGUCUUAAACCUAUUAAAGUUCAUAAAAAUAUCAAAUGAAAGUAAUUGCUACACUUAUGAGGAUGAUUCAUGUAGCCACAAGCUACAUUCUCAAGCUUUAAAAAUCUGUGACUCCACACAUCCUCCUUAAAGGCUUCUCUUGCAAGCUCAGAUUGAAGAUACAUCCUCGGGCAUCGCCUUAGAAAGGAACCACAGAAAGAGAAACCACAGAGGAGUCUGUCAGCGUGGCCUCCCAGCCUCUUAGAUAUGAAGAUAUGUAAUCUCCCUGGCUGUCUUCUUCUCUGUGGGAAGUCUUGCAUCUUCCUUUGUGUGGCUGCUAACCCUGUGUAAACUGUUUUUCAUAAGAAGCAACCAGUCCAGCCGUGAAAGAAGGAGGGAGACAGAGAGAGAGGCCAGCCCCCGCCCUCUCCAGCCCAGUUCUGAACACAAAGAGUCGCUCUGCUAUGUCUGGCCUGCAGUCACUGACUGACUGCCGUGAUAAGGCUUAUGUGUGUGUUUACCGUAUGGAACCUACUGCUGCACAAUGUCAGGUAGAAGUCGACCGAUUUAUGAUUUUUCAAUGCCGAUACAGAUUAUUGGAGGACCAAAAAAAGCUGAUACCGAUUAAAAAUCGGCCAAUUUUUAUUUAUGUAUUUGUAAUAAUGACAAUUACAACAAUACUUAAUAUAAUACAUCAAUAAAAUCAAUUUAGCCUCAAGUAAAUAAUGAAACAUGUUCAAUUUGGUUUAGAUAAUGCAAAAACAAAGUGUUGGAGAAGAAAGUAAAAGUGCAAUAUGUGCCAUGUAAGAAAGCUAACGUUUAAGUUCCUUGCUCAGAACAUAUGAACGCU